AUGUACUUCGAAAUCGCUGUCACCAACACUACCUCUGUGUACCUCGCCUUCCAACAAGAUCAGAAUGACCCUCGGACGUCAGCGGGCCCCCUGAGCGUUCAAGAUCGUAUCGGCUUGUUUGUGGAAAUCGACGACGACCUCGUAUUUGGGGUUCGACGACCAUUCCCUAUCGUGCAGGUCGCGGAGGAUCUCGACCCUAGCAGAACGUACAGGCUGAGAGUCACGCAAACGGGGACGUACCCCAUUGGCGAUAGUAGCUUCCGUUUUCAAGGAGUUUGGCUGGACCGGCCUCCCUCUCAGAAGGACGGUCCUUCACUGUUGGAUCCGGCCAACUCGGCUGUUGGCAGCACGCCGGGCACGCUGGUACCGCAGUCCGACGGCCCACAGGGAGCUCGGCAACCGCAAGACUCACUGCUGCCGCGGCGACGAGCGAAACCACUCAUAGAGUUGUUCACGUGCGAGGUCGACAGGUGGCUCCAUUGCCACGACCCGCGGAAAGACGCGGCGGAGCUGGCCAAGGAACGAGUGCACACCUGGUAUAAGCGCUUGGAGUCGGAGCUCGGUGCCGACGUCGCCCUCGUAUCUACCACAGGGGACUACUUUUCCCGCGACUGGUUUCAUUUCAAAGGUGACGGCAACCCGGAUGCGCCCGUCUCGCUAUAUUUCUUUACGCACCGCGUCGGUUGCGUAGGACGUCCAGAAGACUGCCUGAAGCAACACCCCUGGCCAUUCAAGAGCUACCGACCUGCUGUUCUGCUCCUACAACUCGGCUUCAGCGACUUCACCCACAUCUUCAAGAUGCGCCCGACCAAACCGCAUUUGGACGAUUUUCUCGACAGCUUCAUCAAGGACUAUGUCGCCUUGGUCAAGAAGAUCCGCGCCCGCGCCUACCCCUCUGACGGGACCACCACGAAUGCUCGCUCCAACGACGGCGACCCCGACCCUGACGGCAGCUACAUUUACAACUCGGCGCCGUCCACGCUCCCGAUCUUCCUCGUCACCCCCUUCUCGGCCCACGGCGUAUUUGUGACGCGGAAGCUCACGCUCGCCAAGGUCAUGACCGACGUCCUCGCGCGGAUCGUGGCCACCUUGCACGCCCAUGGGGACAUCUCGACCCACCUCAUCGACACCGCCGGUUGGCUCGAUCCGCGGCGAGACUUCGAGAAGCCACCCGGCUUCCGGCCACCGUGGUACCCGCACCACAACGGAAAACGCUGGAGACCCCUCACCGACGCGGCUGCAACCAAGGUGGCAGCUCUGCUCGCGAGCCAUGUCUGCCCAUACAUCCAACAAGGCGGCCGCGGCGAGAGAUCGGCGGCCGACGGACCUGCACGCGUAAGCAACGGCUCAGCUUUGGCUCCCGCCUUUGGAGGCUGCGCAUUUGAUCAAUACGACAGCUAUCUCGGCAACGUGUACGUCCCUGACGGGGUACAGCUGGACCGGGCCCUGCUGGAGCGCCGGAUCGAGAGCAUCAAGGAGAAAUUCCAGCUCGUCACGCCGGCUCAGCUGAAGGCUGAGGGGCAGACGUUUCUACACAGAUUCACCAAGUAG